UCAUUUUAACCUAUCGUGUGCAAAGUUAGUCGCACACAAGAGCGCCUAGAAAUAAAGUCAUUCGGCACUUGGCCAACGCUGCGACAUUUUAACAAAUCUAGCAAUCUACCGUUUUUAACAAAAGACAAACAGUCCUCGGAAACAAAUACAGAGAACGAACGGGCCGUUCUUCAGUUGUAAUUGCUUUACAUAUUCAUGUAGAUUCCAAUCAGGCACCUCGGAGAUCCCCGGUGAAACUCGGCCCCAGAUCGGCAGGGAAAACUUGAAACUGACGCGCGGCAAAUUUUCCCAGUUUCUUCGGAAAUUUCGUGACGGAGUGUGGAGUGGCGCGGGUAUAAAAAAAUAAGAGUUUUCGCGGUCCGCUAUUUUCGACGAUUCAUGUCGAGUUUUGCGUGUGUUUCGGACUGUUUUAUGGUAAUUAGUGUAUAAACUGGAAUUUACCUCGUGAUAUGAAUUUCAAGGAGUUUUUUUUAAUGUCUUUUGGAUAGACCUGGAUAAAGAAAUAAUCAGCAUCUUUUGACUCUGUAAUGAUAAAUUAUGGAAAUAUUACUAAGUCAGUUCAUCAAUACCCAAUAAAGCGAUUCCUAAUCAUCUUGAUUAUGGAUGUAUAAUAGCACCUUUGUGAAAGAAUUGUGGGAAAUAGAUGACUAAUUAUUCACGGUGAAACAUGUAAAGAUUAAAUCACAUCCAAAAUAAUUGAUGAUGGCUUUUUAAUAAAAAAACCAGCAAUGGCUUCUAUACUACUAUGAUUUGAAGAAAAUGGAAUAAGUGAAAAUAUUCUAACACUAAAAUUCCACUGCUCUAACUAUAUUAUGGACACCGAAGAAGAAGAGGAGACUCAAACAUCUCAUCGAUAGCUACAACAGUAUUAAUACCAAAAGUUCCAGAAUGAACGUGAAUCAGUUCCUGUUAUGUCCACUCAUUUUCGUUAUACUAACACCCACAAUAAUGGCCGAGUGUCCUCGUUUAUGCGAGUGCAAAUGGAAAUAUGGAAAAGAAUCUGUCAUAUGUCAGCAUGCCGAUCUCAAUAGUGUUCCCCCAGUUUUGGAUAGUGGGACGCAAAUAUUAGAUUUAAGAGACAACCCGAUAAGCUCUCUUAAAAAUGGUGAAUUCAGUAACGCUGGCUUGGUGAAUCUACAAAAGAUUUUCAUAGCCAAAUGUAACCUAAAAACUAUAGAGAGAUACGCAUUUAAAGAUCUUAUUAAUUUAGUUGAGUUAGACUUGAGCUACAAUCAGCUCAGCACCAUACCAACAGAUAGUUUUGAGUCCAUAUCAGAACUCAGAGAGUUACAUUUAAACAAUAAUCCAAUACAAAUUGUAUCUAAUGCAGCAUUCAGCAGUGUUCCACAGCUAUUUAAGCUAGAUCUAUCUAGUUGUAAAAUCAACAAAAUAGAUCUAAGAGCGUUUGUUGGAUUAGAAGACUCACUAAAAUGGCUCAAACUUGAUAAUAAUCGAUUGACAGAAGUUGAGGCUACUUCAUUUACUAUUCUCAGGAAUUUGCACGGGCUUGAGUUAUCAGGUAAUCCUUGGAAUUGCUCCUGUAAGCUAGGCGAACUAAGAAAUUGGAUGCUACGUCAAAAUGUGCCCUACGAUAUUCCACCAAUCUGUCAAGCUCCAAAAAGGCUGCAAGACAAAUCCUGGAAGAUGUUGGAUCUGGACGAAUUUGCAUGCUCACCCAAAAUUUACUCCAGCGAAGGGAAAACUCACGGUGUCGAAGGCAAAAAUGUGACAAUAUCUUGUAACAUUGAUGGCAUACCUAGGCCGGACGUAAAGUGGCUUCUUAGAAACAAGGUUUUAAUGAAUAUAAGUGGUGCAGCUCCAUUAAGUGGUAAAAAGUUGUAUAUAGUGAAUCAAAAAUUAAAUGUAAGUGAACUUACAAUUUAUAGUGCAGAACUGCAAGAUGCAGGUACAUACAUGUGCGUGGCUGAGAAUAAAGCGGGCAAAUCAGAAGCGGUAGUUACUUUAACAGUGGCAAAAAACAAUAGUGACAUUCAGUUUUCACAUAAACUUUUGAUAAUCGGUCUCUUGUUCGGUAUAAUUUUGACAUUUUCCUGCUGUUUAAUUGCGGCAGGUUUUAUUAGUGUCCGAAAAAAGCGCCUACUAAAGUGGCACAGUGAAGAGUGCGGUCGCGAGGAUAAUUACGAAAAAAUCGAGCUCAAACAAAAAGUCUGUCAGCGAAGUGCAAACGGUGGAGUGAGUAAGGAAGAUAAUGCUUUGAUAACAAUACCGAAGAAAAACGGCGACUAUAGUGUAGUUCCUGGUGUGGACACGGACCAUGAAAAUGAUGAAGAAGAGGAAAGUACUUUGGAGAUUACGACGCCUGGUACUUCAAACGAGAAGAAAUGGACCAACGAAGAACAACCUAACCAAGUAUCAGCUAGUGCGAUGGGCACUUCGACUCCAAGUAAAGAAAACGAAGUCGGAUCUAGAGACAAUAUCAGGAAGAAUCCCAAAUCAACGUAUGGUACAUCUAACACGUGGACCACUAACGAAAACCCGGUGAUCCACACGACUGCGCCAGCAUGGAAAACUAUUCCGAAUCCCAUUUACUCCAUGACGAACGUGCUUAGGCAGGUGCCAGACGUUGUAGGACAUUCGAGCUACUCACAAAACAAUAAGAGCAGAACUCAAAGUGAAAACGGAAGUGCGAAUGAUAUCAAUGAAUUAUUUUGUACUUUGCCAAGAAAGAGGGACUUAUUAAGGUAUAAAAGUAGUGACAGCCAAUCACCCUUGUUGCCUGAAAGCAGGUAUGCAAGUACCAGCAGCUCAGAAAGCUUUACCAGAAGGGCAUCGAUUGAAGCUCAGAGAUACCCUUUAGCAAAUUCUAUAGGGAAGAGUAGAGCAAUAAAAAAAUCCAGCGGAAGUAUGCUUAAUUUAACCAGAGAUGACAAGGUUUCAAAUUUUAAUGCGACGCCUUUAUUAGAUGUAAAGUGUUUAGAAACUCGUUUGUCUCCUAUGCAAGACUUGCACACUUUAAAUUCCAACCCUUAUGACUACCAUGCUGCUCAGCUUGAGAAAUUUUUAGAAGAAUACAGGGUGUUGCAAAAGCAGUUAACAAAAAUGAAGGAGACUUGUGACACGAUAUGUCAGGAACAGAUGAAGGACAGCGUUUCCACGCCGUCUUCAUCUUCAGGAGUUAGUAGUUACAAUAUAAGCAAUAAAAUAAUAUCAUCCCCGAACUCGAAUUCAAUUCAGGAUUCGGUGGAUUUUAAAAAAUUCGAAAGCGAACUAACAAAGUACUUAAUGGCAAGAAGUCCUACAAAUUCUAACAAUUUAACCCCAGGGACGUUAAGAAAUUAAGUUUUUUUUUAAAAUAAAAGUUAGUUUUUUAAACGAUAGUUGAUACUUAAGAAUAAGUGGUUACUAAAAAGGCGUUUUGUGUGUUUUUAUUUUAAUAUCUAUAAAAAUAUUAAAAGUCAUAGUUAGCAAUAUAAAUAUUUCUUGUAAUAAACUUUUGUUUGGGAAUAAAUGUUGAUGGUCAAAAUAUUAAUGGUAUAUGUUUAAUAAAAUAUAUAAUAAAAAUA